AUGUCGGGGCGGUCCUCUGCGCUGAUGCGCGGCGCUGCGCUGCUGUGCCUGGCGUGGCCUCUGAGCUUCGUGGCACCCAACCUGACGCGCGCGACGGCGCCGGCCCCAGCGGCGCGAGUCGCGGCCGCCCAGCCUCUCCGCGGGGCCAGCGAGGCCUCCGCGCCUUCGGCGGCGAUCGCGCCUGCGGCCUUCUCGGGCGCCACGCUGCUGCCGGCGGCGCUCUUCACGGCGAGGUCCAUGGUCAGCGUCCUGAACGUGGUGCGGCACGCCAAAGCCCCCGUGAGCGAGUUCGGCGCACCAUCGGGAGUUCGGAACUUCCAGGAGAUGGCAUUGGGCUUCACUUCCGACAUUGCCAAGAACAACCUGGGCGAGUCCUUCUACAGGCCGUGGGUGCCAUUCAUUUCCACCAUCUUCCUCUUCAUCUUCGUGAGCAACUGGUCCGGCGCGCUGAUCCCUUGGAAGAUGUUUGAGAUCCCGGCAGGCGAGCUGGCGGCCCCGACGAACAACAUCAACACCACGGUGGCGCUGUCGCUGCUCACCUCUUUGGCCUACUUUGGUGGUGGCCUUGCCAAGAAGGGCCUCGGCUACUUCGCCCGCUACGUGAAGCCAACGCCCAUCUUGCUGCCGAUCAACAUCCUGGAGGACUUUACUAAGCCGCUCUCUCUGAGCUUCCGGCUGUUCGGCAACGUGGUGGCGGACGAGCUCACGGUGGGCGUGCUGUGCUUCUUGGUGCCCUUUGUCAUCCCCCUGCCGAUCAUGGGCCUGGGCCUCUUCGCAGGCUCCAUCCAGGCACUUAUCUUCUCCACUUUGGCCGCAGCCUACAUCCACGAAGCCCUGGAGCUGCGGUCCCGCUCGGCGCUGCUGUCCUUGGCCGCGCUGGCGGCGGGCCUCGCGGCCUGCCGCGCCUUCGUGGCGCCCCGCGGCGCGGCGGCGCAGGCGCCACCCCAGCACCGCGGGGCGAUUCCGACCAGACAGAUGCAGAUGUCCAGCACUGCGAGCGAGGCGAGCGAGGCGGCGAUCCCCGCCUUCUCGGGCGCCACGCUGCUGCCGGCGGCGCUCUUCACGGCGCGGUCCAUGGUCAGCGUCCUGAACGUGGUGCGCCAUGCCAAAGCCCCCGUGAGCGAGUUCGGCGCACCCUCGGGAGUUCGGAACUUCCAGGAGAUGGCAUUGGGCUUCACUUCCGACAUUGCCAAGAACAACUUGGGCGAGUCCUUCUACAGGCCGUGGGUGCCGUUCAUCUCCACCAUCUUCCUGUUCAUCUUCGUGAGCAACUGGUCCGGUGCGCUGAUCCCUUGGAAGAUGUUCGAGAUCCCGGCAGGUGAGCUUGCGGCGCCCACCAACAACAUCAACACCACGGUGGCACUCAGUCUGCUCACCUCUUUGGCCUACUUUGGUGGUGGCCUCGCCAAGAAGGGCCUGGGCUACUUCGCUCGCUAUGUGAAGCCAACACCCAUCCUGCUGCCCAUCAACAUCCUGGAGGACUUUACCAAGCCUUUGUCUUUGAGCUUCCGACUCUUCGGCAACGUCGUGGCGGAUGAGCUGACGGUGGGUGUCCUGUGCUUCCUGGUGCCGUUCGUGAUCCCCUUGCCGAUCAUGGGCCUGGGUCUCUUCGCAGGAUCUAUUCAGGCGCUGAUCUUCGCCACCUUGGCGUCCGCUUACAUCCACGAGGUGCGGGCGUCCAAGAAGCCUACCGCAGAGGACAUCCAGAAGCUGCGGACCUUCUUCGCACGGGCCGGCCUGGCGACCCGCCUGCUGAAGUCCCGGCUGGCGCUGCCCAUCGCGUACCCCCUCAACUCCGCGAUGCUGAAGGAGGGCGGAACAACUCCAGCCAUGGCCGAGAGGGAUAGCGUGCGCCAGGCUGAGCUCUCUGGCACCGACUGGAAGGUGACGCAGAAGGGCCUGGCGCAUGUGACGCCCAUCGUCGCGGGCAUGUCUAAGGCGGAAGAGAGCCGUGAGUUCUAG